UUAGGUAUAUACAUAUAUAGUUCAAUACGAUAAGGUGGCACAAGCUAUAAAUGAUAAACUUAAUUGUCAAUUUUCAAUUACUUGGUCAUGGGUAUCUCAAUCUAGAUAUUACACUAGUUAUAUAAUUCCUCUUAAUAUUUGAUUAACAUUUUGACCAUAAUAAUUACUAAUUAAAAAUUAUAUCAUGUCAAUGAUCUCGUAUACAAUUUUUCGUGUGGUAGGCAAAGUAUACAUAGAAUUGUAUACAAAAUUAUAAGUCCUUUUCUAAAAUAUGCUCGGCAUACCAGAAUGGUUCGACCAUGGGUAGGAUGGCUGUGUAUCCUGUUUUUCAUUUCAAUGGUGUUUUAUUUAUACUUGUCAAUAAACGCCCCAAUUAUAAAAAAUCCUUAUUUUGCACCAAAGCACAUAGAUUUGCCAAACACCAAAGAAUUCCAAACAAUUAUUCACCCUAUUAUAGAGAAAACGUCUAUACCUAAUUUAUUUCAUGAUAAAGACUGUACAACAAUUCAUAUUGCUUUCGUAUGUGCUGGAUUCAAUUCAACAGUUUCUUUAGCAACGACAGUAAAAUCUAUUUUAUUUUAUCGCACAAGGCCUUUACAUUUUCACUUAUUAGUCGAUGAAAUUUCCUUAAAAAUUGUCAGUGUUCUAUUUACAUCCUGGAAACUAUCUCAUGUUGCAGUAUCAUUUUAUAAAACUGAAGAGUGGGUACCAAAAGUUUCAUGGAUACCUAACAAACAUUACUCGGGAGUGUAUGGACUUUUGAAGUUAGUCCUUCCUGAUGCUAUUCUUGAAAAAAAUUUAAUAGUUUUAGAUACAGACAUAACAAUUUUGAAUGAUAUUUCUUUACUUUGGGAAUUGUUUAAAAAUUUUAACAAAGAACAAGUAUUGGGAUUAGUUGAAAAUCAAAGUGACUGGUAUAUAAAAUCUACAUUAUACAAUGUACACCCUUGGCCAGCUUUAGGUCGAGGGUAUAACACUGGAAUUAUGCUGAUGGACUUACAUAAAUUACGUGCCAAAAAUUUUUCCAAAUUAUGGGAAAAUACUACAUUACAUGUAUUGAAAGAUAUUUUCGAAAUAAGUUUAGCAGAUCAAGACAUUAUAAAUGCGGUUAUUAAAAACAACACAAAAUUUUUGUAUACUAUCGAUUGUACAUGGAAUGUUCAAUUAAGUGAUCAUGCUCUUAGUGAAUCAUGUUAUAGUAAUACAAAUAAAAUAAAUGUAAUUCAUUGGAAUUCACCUCGAAAAUUCAAUGUAAAAAAUAAGUAUGCUCAAGACUUCAAAAAAAUGCAUCAAGUAUUUCUUGAACUCGACGGGAAUUUACUGAGACGUCGGUUGUUUGGCUGCAAUAAGAAUGAAGAAUCAAGUCAGAACAAUGAGAUGGACUUAUGUAUUAAAUUUAAAGAAGGUGCCAAAAUUGUAUAUAGAACGCAUCCAUUUUUUUUGGAAUUUGAAAACAAUGUAGUAAAUAGUGCUGAUGUCCUUCUUGCUACUCAGUGCAGCAUUGAUAGGAUUGUACUUCUCGAAGAUAUGUCAAAAUAUUGGCGAGGUGUAAUUAGUGUUGCUCUUUAUUUGACUGACAACGAAGUACAAACUUUUCUAGAUUUCGUUCAUAACUCUGUUGAAUUAAGAAACCGGAAAAAUAUUGCAUAUCACAUUGUUUACAAAGAAGGAGAAUUUUAUCCAGUGAAUUAUUUACGAAAUGUUGCUAUGAAAUAUGUAACUCUACCAUAUAUAUUUCAACUAGAUAUUGACUUUUUACCUCAAUAUGGUUUACAUAAAAAUUUAAUUAACUAUGUUAUUGCAAACAAUAUAACAGAAAAUCAUCGUAUUGCACUAGUUAUUCCUGCCUUUGAAACGCAAAGAUACAGGUUCAAUUUUCCAUCAACAAAAGCCGAACUUUUGAAAUAUUUGGAUUAUAAAAUUUUAUACACAUUUCGUUAUCAUGUUUGGUCUCAAGGACAUGCCCCUACUAAUUUUUCAUUUUAUAGAAAUGCAAUUGAACCUUACGAAGUAUCUUGGGAACCAGAUUUUGAACCUUAUAUCGUUGUUCCCAAAUCUGCACCAAGUUAUGACGAACGAUUUAUUGGCUUUGGUUGGAAUAAGGUGUCUUAUAUCACACAUUUGACAGCUUUAGGCUAUAAGUAUAUUGUUUUGUCGGACGCAUUCAUAAUUCAUCGUCCUCAUGCACCAAGUCGUGAUAUUGGAAAAUUUAGAACUGAUGCUUCUUAUAGACGGUGCUUAAAAGCAUUAAAAGAUUCAUUUGUACAAGACCUCAUAGAUAAUUUGGGAGAUAAGGCUGUAAUGAAUCUCAAUAAAAUAUUUGCUAAACAAGACAAGAAAUCUAAUAAUGUCACUAGCCAAAAAGUAAUAUACCAAUCAAGUUAAAGAUGUGCCUUGAACACAAUGUUCUGAAAAAGUAUGUUAUGUUAUAAAUUGUUAUUGGUUGUUCAAAUUUCUAAUAAUUUUGCAACAGCCAAUUGUGGUUCUAAACGUAAUUAUAAUCACAAAAAAAAAUUUUAAUGUAUUACAUAUCACUGUAUACUAGCAAUUUAUAAAUAUUCAUAUUAUGGUUUGCUUUUAUAAUAAUGAAAAUUUUUAUUUUAUUUUUUAUUGAUCAACUGUACCACAACUAGGCUUUUUAUCUAUAGUCACAUCUAUUUAUAUUCAAAUUCUCAUUAAAAUUUUAUAUUGUUAAAAUACAUGUUUACAUCAACAUAAAAUACUUCGAAUCAAAUUUUUAAACAUAUUUUGUAAUCUGUUUAUUUUUAUAUAAAUGACCCUUGCUUUGAAGUUUCAAAUAUAGUUGCCUAGAAAGAUAAUUUCACAAUGAUCGUAUUUAUUAUAUUAUAAGUCUCAUGUGAAAGAGUAAUCGCACGUCUUGUAUUGUAAAAUUAUAUAAUUUCAUAAAUAAUGCUUACAGUUUUUUAUAUAAUUUGUUUUUUUAAAACUAUUCUUAUAAAGAACGAAAAUUACCGUUAUAUCACUAAAACAAUAAGCCUAUAAACUCUUUACAACGUUUUUAUAAUUUCUUUAAGAGUAUUAUUUGCUUCAUUAAUUUAAACUUUUUGUUAAACACAGAUGUGCUUUUGGCAGAGCUAAAAUGCCAAAUGCAAAUGGUAAAUUCAUACACUUUCAGGAAUAUGUUUUUCUUUCGAAUGAUUAUUUGUCACUAUACUAUCGUAUGUUUUAUGGAAGUGCAAGACAAUAAAAAAUUGUAAAAGUAUCUUUACUAUGCACAAAUAAUGUUUGAAGUACAAAAAUUAAUCCAUGUAUUAUAAUCGUUACUAAUUGUAAAAAAUAUAAUAAAAUGAAUAUC